AUGGCAGGUGUUGUCCACCGCCACCACCAGUUUGUCAGGAGAGGACACUGUCAAAGGGUGUAUGUUGAACGUACCAAGCCACUGGAGCAAUACACCACUGAGGAGCUGUAUGUCCGGUUUCGCUUUGGGAAGGCUGAUAUAGACUACCUUGUAAACCUUCUCAGGCCAAAACUUCAACACAGAACCCAAAGGAGUCACGGUCUGUCUGUGGAAGACCAGAUCCUCAUUGCUCUCCGAUUUUAUGCAUGUGGGACUUUCUAUCAAGUUGUUGGUGACUAUAUGGGAGUGGUGAAAUCAGCUGUGUGUGAUGUGGUGAGAGAUGUCUCAAUCGCACUGGCCAGCCUGGUCAAUGAAUUUGUUUCUUUUCCAAAGGACAACCAGAUUGCCCAGGCCAAGCGCAGCUUUUUUCUUUUGGGGAAUAUGCCCAAUACUAUUGGAGCAAUCGACUGCACACAUGUGCAUAUACAAGCACCUCGUGAGAAUGAAUGGGAGUUUAUAAACAGAAAGGGGAGGCACAGCAUCAAUGUCCAACUUGGGUGUGAUGCUGACCUCAUCAUCACCAACUGCGUUGUCAAGUGGCCUGGGUCUGUCCAUGAUGCACGCAUCCUGAGGGAGAGCUCUCUAUAUAGAGACCUCCAAACCAACCGACCGGAUGGCAUAAUAUUAGGAGACAGUGCCUACCCACUCCUACCAUGGCUGAUGACUCCUUUUCUAACACCAAAUACGCCGGCGCAAGCACGCUUCAACACUGCUCAUUGCAGAGCAAGAUGUGCAAUUGAGCGUUUAAAUGGGGUUCUUAAAAGGCGCUUUGCAUGCCUUAACUACCUGAGAGCGGAACCACAGAAAGCAUGCAACAUAACCCUUGCCUGUAUUGUCCUGCACAACAUUGCUACUAAGCGCAAUGUCCCUCUCUGUGCUGACAAUGAUGCACCUGAGCCCUUUGGAGACCCUAACCAACCUCCUGCAUUCUACCAGAAUGAGCAAACAGGACGUGCAACAAGGGACGCAAUAGUUAGACAUUAUUUCUGA